AGAUGCGAUAGAGCAUACUUUGGUAAAAUAGGCCGUGGUUUCAGCACCAAGAUAAGCGAACAUCGAGAGGACAUCCGUCACCACAGGAAUUCCAACGCCAUGGUAGUACAUGUAGAUGAAGUUGAACAUCUACCGAACUGGAAGGAAGCAGAAAUAGUUUAUGGAGGAUUGAACAAACAAAAAAGAAAAAUAAUGGAGGCAUCAUACAUCACGACGGAGAAUAAUGCCAACACACCAUCGGGCAGAUUAAAACUAUCCAAGGUCACGACGAAGAAUAAUGUCAACACAGCAUCGGGCAGAUUAAAACUAUCCAAGGUCACGACAACAAUUAUACGACAACGAGAGUCACGUAGUACUAUGGACUUCCCUGCCUGCCUGCGGGAUAGAGCUAGCGUUCCCCGUGGAAUAUAUGUGUCUAUCAGUCGUGUCUUCGAUAAUGUAGAUUGCCAUGGCAUCAAUAUUAUAAGAUUUUUGUUACAAAGACAGUUCGAUAUAGUGCAAAGGGAAAAUAAACGUGUUCAAGGGAAGAGAAAAAUAAUUCAAACUCAUAGUACGUCAGAUCGGGUGUAA